AUGGCCAGGCCAAAGGGCAGCAAAAGCAGACCAGGCGCGGGUAAACCUGGUCGUGCAUCCGCAGUGGAAAGAGCUGCCAAAGCUCCAGGUCAGACAAGACUAACUUCAUCUGCAGCUCUGGAAGAUGCAGUGACACCUAUCGAAGACGGCGAUGCAGCUCUUAACAACGUGGAAUUUGCACCGCCAGCAAUCACGACGGGACAAAAUCCUGCUUCUUCAUCUGCAGUCGCCAGGGAUGAGGAUGAUGUGGGUAUGGCAGCCUUGGACGACUCAGAGGUAGUUGGCAAUGCACAUAAUGCAAGUACUGCAGUCAUGGCGCCAGACGCGACUGAAUAUUCUCCAAGUGCUGCCAAUGAUCUUCCCAACGUCCAAAGGGACAACAAUACAAACCAAGUAGCCGGCGGUCUUGUCAACAACGAUGAUCCCAGUAGGGAGGCGACCACUAAAGAGGGCCUCGAUAUCGAGGAGAGCGAUGGCAAUUCAAUUGAAGUGGACUUCAUCGAUGAAAUCAGAGCUAAAGUUCAAGACAAAAGGAUCAAGCUCUACGAGGAAGGUUCGUCGCUUUGGAUUCAUCCGCCAGAUCCAACGAUUCACCUGAUCGAUAAUCCGAAUGAUGUGAAGGUCCUCUUCCAUCCUUCAGUCUUCGUUUGGCAUCCAGCUCUUUUGAGCAGGUCUGGGAACAAGACCGGGAAACUCGAUGAAGAAAGCCGUCUUCCAUGUCCACGAUGCAAGGACGGGUUACGCUUCAAAGGAUGGUGUGAUUCACCGACCGCUCGGCGCAUACAUGACGACGGGAGGCAUUUUUUAUUGAUGGCCUAUUGCUACUGCUGCAAAAAUCCAUCUUGCAGCUUGGAAACCAUCAGUGCAGCCGAUACCGAGUUGCUAGAGUCUCUACCUUACGGCCUGCAACUUGCAUUUCCGGCUAUUCUCAGUCAUCGUUCUGGCAUUUCCAAACGACUUUUUGAGCGCUUUCAGGACAGUAUUGCCAAUGGCUGUGGUCCGGAACACUUCAGGCAACUAUUAAACAACAGUGCCCUGCGACGAUUCCAAACCUUGAACGAGAUGUACCUAGAUAACAUCAAGGUGUGCUUGUCGGGAAAGCAAACGGAUUUUCAGACGUCCUUCGACGCCAAUAUGCCAAAAUCUAGUGACGAAUUCAGGUCAUUUGGUGAAUUUAAUGAUCCCUUGCAGUACAAUGGAGUCGUACCUAGUGUUCACUGGUUGACUGAUUUGUACACAAAGGAGAUGGCCAGGCGGAAGCCUCCCUUGGACAAGCGAUCCCCGAUACCAUUCGGACCGAAUUCUCAUGUGCGCAACCUUGGACUGCCCAGACCGCCUGAACAGCCUGUCAGGCUUAUAAAUCUCGCCGCUUCUGCACCAGUACCACGGCCUGUUGAUCUCUGUGCGCCCGAAAUUUUCAUCGAAAAGAACAGGCAGUCAAGCGAUAUACACAGAGCCUGCAAGAGAUGCAGCCUCAAAACAUGCGGUGCAUAUCAUGGAGCAUUUUGUGUGCUUCAUCCCAAAAAUUUGAGUCGUGCUGAGCGCUCCUUAAGGUCAGGAAAGUUCAGGCCUGAAGUUUUGAGGUUAUGGAAUUGCUGGCAUGUAUUGCAGUACGAACGCAAGAGGAGUUCAAGCUCGUUAUUGCCUACAGCUUGCACCAUAAAUCGCACAACAUUUUUAGACAAGCUCCAUUCUGAUCUGGCGAGCAGAUCAAGCAAGCUGCUCGGCUUCCUUCAAUCGGACGCAAACUUUAUUCAGGAUCUAUUGAAAGCAUACAUUGAGGAAAGAAUAGUCUACAACCCUUUUGUUCAAGGAAGUGAUCUGUAG